UUUAGGCUUCAAUAACUGCGGCGUCACCGAAGAAGGAUUUUUUAGUUUCUGACCGUGAAUUUAUUCUGUUUUUCACCCCCAUAACCGACUGAUGGAAAGGUGUUAGAGGCCACCCAGCGCCAUGUCCACCCCAACAAGCCUGCGAGAAACAGUCAGAUAACUAUUCAUUUGACCAAUUAAAGAGGACAGACGCAGCCAGACUGAUGGCCUUCUUCAGGCAGCUGCAACUUCUUCUCUGGAAGAAUGGGCUGGCAAUCAUCAGACAGCCGAUAUGGUCAUUGACUCUGAUCAUCUGGCCUCUGAUCAUCUUCAUCAUCCUUGCUGUGACCCGAAACCAGUUCCCUCCAGUAAUAAAAGAUGCAUGUUAUGUGGCACCCCGAAACCUCCCAAGCACAGGCUUCUUCCCUUUCCUUCAGACCCUCAUGUGCAACGUAGACAGCAAUUGUCAGAACAAAUCACGCCUGGUGGACCCAUCUGCAUCAAAAUCCACUCGGAGAUACACAAGGGAUACAAGCUUGCCCCUCCUGCUGAAGGGGUCCCCGCUGGCAGACCUGAUUCAAGGAGGAGAUUUUUUCAAAUUCACAAGGGACCCUAGUGAUGAUCCUGCAGCGCUGAUUGAGACCAUGAACAACAUUUUGGGUUCAUCUUACCAACGAAGCUAUAAUAAUGGCUCUCUCAUGAAUGGCUUCAAUACUACUGCUCUGGGAGAUCAGUUUCAGGAGACUUUGAAUGAAACACUGGAAACACUGGAGUCACUUUUGAAGAGGGCCGUUUGCACAAUGACGCUGCCCAUGAUGAACACAACCUCACCCAACUUCCUGUCCUAUGCUGUGUCCACUUUCUGCAAGUCCAACGAAACUGUGUUUGAAGUCUCGCUCCAUACACUAAACCAGAUACUGAUGGAGCUGAUGCUGACAAAACCAGAUGAGAUGGCGACAAUGGCUGGGAUGGGGGUGUUAGUGUUCGAUCAGCUGCAAAAUCAGACCUCGCUGUGGGAAAGCCUUCUAGCUAUUCCCCAGCUCUUCUCUCCUGGUUCUGUUGACCAAGUGCUGGGCAGUGCAGAGUCUCUACUCACCAACAUACAGGGUGCAAUGCAUGUUAUCCAGAGCAAUUUCCCUGAAGCCGGUGCCUCAUUUCCUACGGCGCAUCCACUUAUUGUUGGAGGCAUUAAUCUGAUCCACUAUGUUCAAAACUGGCCUGGCAAAGAUGUGUCCAUUUCCCUCGGAGAGGUCGUCAUACAGAAUAGCUCUCUAAGUGAAAUGAUGAAACGUGUUCUACAAGAGGUCAGGAUACCACUGGACAAGGCUAUUGGCCUAACAUUGGACCGAGACACAGUGCGUUUGUACUUGUGUGACAGUAGCAGUAGCCCGAUGUGGCUAACAGUAGCGUGCAGUACAGGCACUGUGGACAUGCUUCUAAGCUGGAUCAGCCCUAAGAAGGUAGCAAAGCAGGCUCUCCUGGAGUGGAGUAAAUAUGUUGCUCCACAUGAUAUAUCAUUUGCCAAGGGGCUGCUGCACAGUCUGAUGGGAGGUUUAUCCCCAGUAGGACAGGGAGGCCCCAACAUCACGAGAAAUCGGCGUAGCGUUGAUACACAACCUCAAAACAUCGAGGAGGAGCUGUUUUUGAGGGUCGGUCAAGUGGUGAUGGAAAUUAUAAAUCUUGUGCCUGAAGUGGAUAUGGUUGUUCAGAGUAUCCUUGGAACUGGCUUUCAGUCCAUGAAGUCAGCAACACUAAUCCUUGAUACUGUAGAAGAAAUGAUGACCAAUGUCCUGGAAGAUGCUGAUCAGCUGCAACUGACUUAUCUAAUGUUGCUGACAAACGAGCCUGGCGGAAGCGUUUGGAUCGGUCACGUUCUUGACAGUUUGAUGGAAAACAUUGUGAAGGGUCUGGCAUCUGAGUCUUUAACAUGUGAGGAUCUCUUGGGUCCCUUUGAGGGGCUCUUAAACACAAAGAGCAUAAGUAUUGAGGUGUGGAGAUCAAUGAUCUGCCAGAACAGCUCCACUCUACAGCAAGCUCUACUGAUGGACUGGCUGCCAUUGAUUCAGAAGGCAGGAGAAAUGUACAGCAACCUCACAGGUCCAGCAGACUACAACGUAACACUUCCCAUGAUUCUCUCUGAGUGGCACAAGUUGUAUAAUAACAGUGUGCAGUUUGGAGUGCUUUUGGAGAGAGUGGCGACAGCGCUGGGCGGAGAAUACUGGAUGAACUGGAUGCCAGACAACAUCACCUACGAUGUUACUGGGACACUUCAACAAAGUGUUUUCUUGUUCAUGGUGAAUCUUGGAGAAAAGAUUGAGAAGAGUCAGCUGUGGCCCGAGGUAAAGAACUAUUUCCACAUGGUUUACUGGAUUAUCAACUACAGGCCUGGUGUCACAACUCAGCCAGCAAACUGUUCAGUUAACAUCUCCACCUUAGUCAUUCACUGCGACACUGGUUUGAACUGGACACAGUUUGUUCAAGCAGUAACUCAGGUUUUGAUGUCACCAAGCCCAGAUGUCCUGGUGAAUUGUCUCAAAGGAACUGUGAAUUUGUUGCAGUAUGUUUAUGGUGACAUCUAUACACGUCUGGCAGGAUCAUAUUUAAACAAAGAAAUCGAAGGUGGCGAUACGCUCUCUGUCUACAUGAUUAAUCUGAUGCAUAACCUGGAUGGCUUUGUCCAGGCUAUCACCGUCCAUCCUGACCAAAACAUCUCUAACCCUGAUGUCAUGCUACCCCUCAUCAGUAACCUGUUCCAAUCCACAGGUCUGACACCACUGCUGCCUCUGCUCCUCAGUGAUGGUCCCUUCAAUGUCUCUGCAUUGUUUGAUGUAGCCUCACAGCUUGGCAACUUUAUUUUCAAUGAGACAGACCCAACAAUGUCUGAACUGGAACAGCUGAUACUGCAGUUGCUCUCCUUGGGGGGUAAUCUCAACAUGUCUCUCUCCCGCAUCAUGGCACACAAUCUACUUAAAUAUUCAGACUACUUCCACCCUGACAAUGUGACCCUGCUCAAAGAAGCCAUCCAGCCUUUCACCAACCAGACCUCAGCCAUCCUCAGUGCCAUGGAGCUACUGAAGACAGUGAGGAAUUCUCCAAAUGGUGACCCAACUAACAUCAUUCUUGGGUACAUACUCCAGCUUCAAGAACUUGUGAAAUCUCUGAAUACACUACCGAAUGGGCAGCUGAGUACAGCACAAGCCACUGACCUCCAGCUGCUUUUGAAGGACUUUCUCAAUCUCCUCACGCCCGAGAACCUUCAGAACCUGACUCAAGCUGGACCAGACGCUGUCCAGAACAUUGUUACACAGACAAUUGUAACAUUCCUACCACCUGAGGUCCAACAGGAAGCUGCUCACUUUCUCCAGGAUUUCAAAGCUCUGCAGAAUCAGAUGACCAAAUGUGCAGCAGGCCAGAACUGUUUGGCUGGAGUCUCAGAAAUCUUCACGUUCUUGGAUCAGAUAUUUGACAUGAUGCUCUCAAACAACACUAAUUUUACCAUCAAUAUACCUUCAAACAGCUCUGUUUUGGAGAAACAGGAAUAUGACGAAAUUACAUCCUUGUUCUUCUCACUUCUCCUGUCCUCCUAUGAUACUGCUAAUUUGGAAACAUUCAAUCAAACUUUUCAUUUCAUCAGAUUGAUUAUGGCCUCACCAGUUUUUAAUGUGUCUGAUGUCCAGAAUGCUCUGAGACAGUCAAACCUAACCCUCGAGGAGCUGUACAGCAUUGCUGCACUUGUUGGAACUGCCAACAUAAAUGACUUGAUGGGUCUGGCAUCUGAGUCUUUAACAUGUGAGGAUCUCUUGGGUCCCUUUGAGGGGCUCUUAAACACAAAGAGCAUAAGUAUUGAGGUGUGGAGAUCAAUGAUCUGCCAGAACAGCUCCACUCUACAGCAAGCUCUACUGAUGGACUGGCUGCCAUUGAUUCAGAAGGCACAAGAAAUGUACAGCAACCUCACAGGUCCAGCAGACUACAACAUAACACUUCCCAUGAUUCUCUCUGAGUGGCACAAGUUGUAUAAUAACAGUGUGCAGUUUGGAGUGCUUUUGGAGAGAGUGGCAACAGCGCUGGGCGGAGGAUACUGGAUGAAGUGGAUGCCAGACAACAUCACUCAUGAUGUUACUGAGACACUUCAACAAAGUGUUUUCUUGUUCAUGGUGAAUCUUGGAGAAAAGAUUGAGAAGAGUCAGCUGUGGCCCGAGGUAAAGAACUAUUUCCACAUGGUUUACUGGAUUAUCAACUACAGGCCUGGUGUCACAACUCAGCCAGCAAACUGUUCAGUUAACAACUCCACGUUAGACAUUCAUUGUGAUACUGGUUUGAACUGGACACAGUUUGUUCAAGCAAUGACUCAGGUUCUGAAGUCACCAAAUCAAGACGUCCUGGUGAAUUGUCUCAAAGGAACUGUAAACCUGUUGCAAUAUGUUUAUAGUGACAUCUAUAAACAUCUGACAGGAAGUGAAGGCGGAGAUCCGCUCUCUGGCUACCUGAUUAAUCUGAUGCAUAACCUGGAUGGCUUUGUCCAGGCUAUCACCAUCCUACCUGACCAAAACAUCUCUAACCCUGAUGUCAUGCUACCCCUCAUCAGUAACCUGUUCCAAUCCACAGGUCUGACACCACUGCUGCCUCUGCUCCUCAGUGAUGGUCCCUUCAAUGUCUCUGCAUUGUUUGAUGUAGCCUCACAGCUUGGCAACUUUAUUUUCAAUGAGACAGACCCAACAAUGUCUGAACUGGAACAGCUGAUACUGCAGUUGCUCUCCUUGGGGGGUAAUCUCAACAUGUCUCUCUCCCGCAUCAUGGCACACAAUCUACUUAAAUAUUCAGACUACUUCCACCCUGACAAUGUGACCCUGCUCAAAGAAGCCAUCCAGCCUUUCACCAACCAGACCUCAGCCAUCCUCAGUGCCAUGGAGCUACUGAAGACAGUGAGGAAUUCUCCAAAUGGUGACCCAACUAACAUCAUUCUUGGGUACAUACUCCAGCUUCAAGAACUUGUGAAAUCUCUGAAUACACUACCGAAUGGGCAACUGAGUACAGCACAAGCCACUGACCUCCAGCUGCUUUUGAAGGACUUUCUCAAUCUCCUCACGCCCGAGAACCUUCAGAACCUGACUCAAGCUGGACCAGACGCUGUCCAGAACAUUGUUACACAGACAAUUGUAACAUUCCUACCACCUGAGGUCCAACAGGAAGCUGCUUGCUUUCUCCAGGAUUUCAAAGCUCUGCAGAAUCAGAUGACCAAAUGUGCAGCAGGCCAGAACUGUUUGGCUGGAGUCUCAGAAAUCUUCACGUUCUUGGAUCAGAUAUUUGACAUGAUGCUCUCAAACAACACUAAUUUUACCAUCAAUAUACCUUCAAACAGCUCUGUUUUGGAGAAACAGGAAUAUGACGAAAUUACAUCCUUGUUCUUCUCACUUCUCCUGUCCUCCAAUGAUACUGCUAAUUUGGAAACAUUCAAUCAGACUUUUCAUUUCAUCAGAUUGAUUAUGGCCUCACCAGUUUUUAAUGUGUCUGAUGUCCAGAAUGCUCUGAGACAGUCAAACCUAACCCUCGAGGAGCUGUACAGCAUUGCUGCACUUGUUGGAACUGCCAACAUAAAUGACUUGAUGGUAAAUAUAUUGGAGAUUAUCAAUGCUAGCCAAUGUUUGGAACCACAGCUUAACCCGAUGGUGACAGCCCAGUGUAUUAUGGGAUUGAUAAAUGGGGUCAGCCGUUUCCUAACAUUCCUUCCUGCUCUCCAGAAUGAGACAGCCAUCCUCUCCCUCAUCCCGUUAAUCGUCAAUAACACUAUCGGUGAUGUCUUCCUAGUUAACUUCAGCUCCAAUCCUAACAUGGCUCUCGUGCACACUCUGAACAGCACCCUGGCCAAUGUCAAGAUGAGCCUCCAAGUGAACCACCUGAACACCCCAGAGAUCAUGGAUGAAAUCAGAGUGCUGGAGGGUCUGAUACAACUAGCUGCCACCCCACAACCAUUUAACAAUAAUGGUAACACCACCUUGAAUCCGAACCCCAUGUAUUCACAGAAAGUAUAUCUGGAGAUUGUGGAUUGGUACUUGAAAAGGCUGGAAAAUAUCACCAGCAACAGCUCACUCUCAGUGCUCCUAGAACCCUUUUUCUCCCUCACAGAAAUGCAAGUGACAUUACAGCUGUCACAAACAGAUUUCUCUUUGUUUGUGAGUAACCAGGUUGAGGCCCUGAUAAACAAUCUCCAGUACCCAAUAGAUGUUGCUGGAGUGAGUAUUAUUGGCCAGACAACAGUUGAGAUUAUCCAGCAUCUAUUUGAAUUAAUAAAGGUCAACCUAGAGUUUCAGAAUAAUGUCCCAGGUUCAGAGCCAUUGUUCAACGCAACCAUUCUGCAUACCACUGAGCUCAGAGUUAAGCUAUACCUUGACCUCAUGCGGAAGAUAUUCAACAUGAUGCUCUCUGACAACAGGAAUGUCACCAUCAAAACAAGCGCAGCCAACUCUGUUCUGGGGGAACAGGAAUAUGAGGAAAUUACGUCCUUGUUCUUCUCACUCCUCCUGUCCUCAUACGAUGCUGCUAAUUUGGAAACAUUCAACCAGACCCUUAAUUUCAUUAGACUGAUCAUCACUACACCAGAUAUUAGUGUGUCUGAUGUCCAGAAUGCUCUGAGACAGUCGAAUCUAACCCUUGAUGAGCUGAACAGCAUUGCUGCACUCGCUGGAGCUGCCAACAUAAAUGACUUGCUGGUAAAUAUAUUGGAGAUUAUCAAACCUCGAGAGUGUUUUGAGCCACAGCAAAACCCAAUGGUGACAUUCCAGUGUGUUAUGGGUUUGAUAAACACGGCCAGCAGUUUCUUAACAUUCCUUCCUGCUCUCCAGAAUGAGACAGCCAUCCUCUCCCUCAUCCCGUUAAUCGUCAAUAACACUAUCAGUGAUGUCUUCCAAGUUAACUUCAGCUCCAAUCCUAACAUGGCUCUCAUGCACACUCUGAACAGCACCCUGGCCAAUGUCAAGAUGAGCCUCCAAGUGAACCACCUGAACACCCCAGAGAUCAUGGAUGAAAUCAGAGUGCUGGAGGGUCUGAUACAACUAGCUGCCACCCCACAACCAUUUAACAAUAAUGGUAACACCACCUUGAAUCCGAACCCCAUGUAUUCACAGAAAGUAUAUCUGGAGAUUGUGGAUUGGUACUUGAAAAGGCUGGAAAAUAUCACCAGCAACAGCUCACUCUCAGUGCUCCUAGAACCCUUUUUCUCCCUCACAGAAAUGCAAGUGACAUUACAGCUGUCACAAACAGAUUUCUCUUUGUUUGUGAGUAACCAGGUUGAGGCCCUGAUAAACAAUCUCCAGUACCCAAUAGAUGGUGCAGGGCUGAGUAAAAUUGGCCAGACAACAGUUGAGAUUCUCCGGGGUCUAUUUGAAUUAAUCAACCUAGAGAUUCAGAAUAAUGUCUCAGGAUCAGAGCCGUCAUUCAACACAACUAUUCUGCAUGUCACUGAGCGCCAGGUUGAGCUAUACCUCAACCUCAUACAGAAGUGGAUAAAGCAACCCAAUGUCCAGUUGGCCCUCACUAAUAUUCUCCAAUGGGGAAACUCUUCCAUGAAUGUCUUCACCCCUGUGACAGACCUCCAGCACCUGCUGCAGACGAUGGAUAAUAUUGUCAGUGAGGAUCAACUGGCUUACCUCUUCAUCGUUGGCAAUAUCACCCAGUCCCUGAGCAAUGCCUUAAUGGUGGCAGAGCAACCAGGUGGCCAACAGAGUGACCACUUCUCAGCCGCCAUCUUGGAAGCACUCCAAAGUGCUAUGCAAAUACUUACCCCAGCCAUUGGCCCCCUGCCGCUCUCCGUACAGCAGGACAUCCUGGAAAUUGUGCAGGACACACUUAAGCUCAUUGUCCAACCAGACAUGAGUUUUGCCUCAUCACGUAACAUCUCCCUCCUCAUCCUCAAGAGGGCUGAGAGCGUCAUUCAACAGACAGUACCACAAAUGUUUGCUGAAUACUUGCUGCCUGGACUGAAAGUAGCAACCACAUACUUUGAGAGCAUCUUCACAGCCAGUGGACCAGACAGCUGGAAUCAAAUAAUUGUGAACGAGAUGAAGACAGUCCAGCACCUGCUGCAGACGAUGGAUAAUAUUGUCAGUGAGGAUCAACUGGCUUACCUCUUCAUCGUUGGCAAUAUCACCCAGUCCCUGAGCAAUGCCCUAAUGGUGGCAGAGCAACCAGGUGGCCAACAGAGUGACCACUUCUCAGCCGCCAUCUUGGAAGCACUCCAAAGUGCUAUGCAAAUACUUACCCCAGCCAUUGGCCCCCUGCCGCUCUCCGUACAGCAGGACAUCCUGGAAAUUGUGCAGGACACACUUAAGCUCAUUGUCCAACCAGACAUGAGUUUUGCCUCAUCACGUAACAUCUCCCUCCUCAUCCUCAAGAGGGCUGAGAGCGUCAUUCAACAGACAGUACCACAAAUGUUUGCUGAAUACUUGCUGCCUGGACUGAAAGUAGCAACCACAUACUUUGAGAGCAUCUUCACAGCCAGUGGACCAGACAGCUGGAAUCAGAUAAUUUUGAAUGAGAUGAAGACAGUCCAGAGCCUCCUGCCACCAAACUGCACAGCUCAGGACUACGUUUCUGUCCUCAUUAACAUCACUCAGUUCAUCUUGGAGUCUAGUGAAGGUUUUGGGAAUGCAUCAGCAGAAGAUUUGCCUGUAAUUAUUGGCCAGAUGGGCAAACUCUUGAGCAUGAUCUGGCCACUGGGAGGCUUAGGAUCAUAUAUCAAUGCUUCAUCUCUGGAUGCCUUGGCUUAUCUUGCUCCAGUCCUGGAGCAGGUGAUGACUGGGGAGGCAGACCAAGACACAUGGAACAAACUUGAAAAGCUGCUAGAAGCUCUACUGUCAACCCUCAAUGGAACAGAGCUAUUGGACAGUGUCCCCUCUGUUAUUCCACUGUUUGAAAAAAUCAUAGGAAGUACAGUGAACAACAUGCUAGCAGAGAAUGUGAUGAUUCUAAGCCUUCAGAUGCCCGUGGUGACCCUGAUGAAAGAAAUUGCACAUUCUUUGAACACCAGUCAUUUUAACUUGUCUGAGGUCUUGGAAGGAAUGCAACGUGCCAUUGAACUCACGGUGCAGGCUGCUCAGCAGGCUAAUGGAACAUUGGAGUGCAGUGAAGCUCUCAAAGCAUGGCAGCCAGUAAGAGAGGCAGCAGGGUUAAGCAACGCCACCAUGGCUAUGUGGUGCAACAUCAACCUGAAGCCUGUUUUUGAGGCCUUUCAUGCAGCACAGACUGUCUAUGCCCACCUGAACAUGAGUCAGAUGGGGUUGGGGCCAGUGACUGUGGGCGACACAGCUGCCAGUAUUGUCAAGACUCUACAGUCACUCUACCAAGUCAGCAUUAACCGUACACUUGUGGCAGAGCAACUCAUCAUGGCUCUCUCCAGCCAGCUCUCUGUGCUGGCGGCGCAGCCUCUGAGCCCCGAGGCACAGCUUUACUUGUACAAGCAGCUCCAGGACAUGCAGCUGCAAAACAGUCUGUCUUCCUUCAGAUUGCUCUUGGAUGAGCUUCUAAGCGUGGCCCCAUUCUCCAAGCCUUACACUGAAGCUGUAGAUAAAACACUGAGCUACAUCCUGGACAACUACCUUUUCAUGCAAGACUCACCCCAGGACCUCUUCAGAGAAGCAGUAAUGAUUUUCCUGUCCUCUGCAAACAUCACCUCCGACAACAUUUUCUCCAUUACCUGGGGAAAUUCUUCUGGACUCAAUGAAGCAGCUUUUACUGACUUGAUGAGGGAAGCUGUCAUUCUGAUGACGGACAUCAAGAUAUUUGGGGAUGUGCCAGCGGUCUACCAAGCCUUGGAGCAAUUUCUGGCCUCCAAUGACACAAGCUUGAUUGUGCAAAAGGUGGCAGAGCUGUCUGCAUGGUUGACCUCCACGCAAGCGUCUGGACUGGAUCUGCUGACUCAGGCUCUGCCCAAAAUCUAUGACAUCCUCAGGCCUCUCUUGUCUGUUCUGACCCAAAUGGGUAUGGACAUGCCAGCAAACACAGAGCUGUUUGAAGACCUAGCUGGAAACACAAUGGCAAUGCUGAGCCAGCUCGUUAGCAACAGUGGUCUUCUGGCCCCCUUGGACUCCCAUCCGAGUAUGUUUCAGCAGGAAAUGACAGGCGGUAACCAAGCGAAGAGGGUCCGACGUAGACGCGAGGCCCCGUUCAUGCAGACAAGGGACCCAUUGGAAGACUUCAUAGACCUGUUCUACAUUGACUACCCUGCCAUGUUCAAAACCAUCUCUGUCCUUCCUACCACAGCAGAAAUGAUAGACACAGCCCAUGUGUUCUUUGCCAAUCCUGAUCUGAAUGUUGUGGUGAAGGGAGCUACAAGCGGCAUGCAGUGGGGCUUGAAUUCUUCUCGGGAAGAGACCAUUGAUACUGCCAUUGGAAUGCUGUCCCUCCUCACUUUCCCUGACGCGUCAUCAAUGGAUCUCCUGACAAAAGCUGCUGAUAUGCUUCCUGAUGGCUUUCCAUUCUCCUCAGUGCUUAAAAAUAUCACCAGAGGGCUUGCCACAGAAUCUCAAGAGAACCUGAUCCUCAUGCAACAGACCGUCCAAACAGCCGGUGAGCUCCUCCAGAUCAACCUGAUGGACCCACGAUUCACACAGCAACUUGGCCUCCUGAGAUCCCAGGUAUGCUCCUUGGAGAAUACGGAUUCUGUGCGUGUGCUGUUUGGGGCCCUCUCCAUGCAGCCUGGUCAGCUGUGUCACACUUAUGUACCCAGCCUACAGAUCUUGGCUCGGAGUCUGAUGAUGAACAAGACCUCUCUGACCGAUGCCGUCUUUAAGGCUUUCAUCGGAGACCCUAGCACCUAUGAUGUCCAGUUAAACUGGACCUCUGUGUUGAUUCAAAGUUUGGGCUUGGACCUCAGCAGCCUGAGAUCUCUCAACCUUAGCAUCCCUUCCCCAGGAGCUGUGACGGUCAGCGAGAUGCUAAGGAAUAAAACAGCCUUCGCUGAGGACGUUCAGCGACACAUGAAUCUUGAUCUAGCUGCUCUCAACCUCCUGAUGGAAACCACUCUACCAAACAACAGUUUAGUGAUCCUGUCGUGGUUGGUCAACCUGCGUCACUCCAACUCACCAUCAUUCGAGGACAUGAACGAGACAGAUGUCAUCUUAAAAACCUUCUGCAACAUGUCUGCUGAACAGUGGUACAGCUUGACACUGCUGAUGGCUCGCCAUCUCAACACAGAGAAAGUCAUAUACAGAAUGGUGUUGUCUGAAGAGCUGCAGAGCUUGGUGGGAUUUUUGCUUCAAAUGGUUCAGGGUUUAACCAACAAGAUGGGAAAGAUUGUUCCUGUCAUUUCUAAGCUGCAAAACUACCUGCUCUCAGUCAGAGACCUCAACCUGAAUGCAAACAACGAAUUUAGCCAAAUGACGAGAGGACAAAGGACCAGAAUGUCUAGCAAAGCUACAUUCGUCACCUUAUCACGAGCGUUGUGCAGUAAUGGCAUCAUGGCUCUGUUUGGAAUUUCCAAGCUGCCUGCCAUGGCGGAGGCGAACAUCUCCUUCCCCAACAACCAGCAGCAGGAGAUGAUCGAGAGGUUCAAGAUUCCACAAAAUGCCACUCCAUUCUGCAUGAAUAUGUACCUGGACAUGGUCAAUACCACAGGAGGAGCCAUCGCCUGGGCCUUCCUCAAACCAAUGCUAAUGGGACAAAUUCUUUACACUCCUGACACACCCGUCACCAGGGCCAUAAUGGAGAAGGCCAAUGCCACCUUGCAGGAGUUUGCAAAUCUGAGGAAGAACUCCGAGGACUGGAUUGAAUCCUCCAACUACAUCAUAAACUAUGCCAAAAUACUCAGCCUCACGUUGCCAAUGCUGCAGAAUUCCCUCAGCAAUUCCUUUGUGAAGAAUUUCAUUGAGAUGCAGACAGACAUCAAUGUCGACAGAAUGAAGGAGACGCUCAGCAACUUCUCUAACAUGACGCUUAUGCUGGAGAAGAACCAGCACAUAAUGAAUCAGAUCACCACCUUGUCCACCCUAAUGGUGGACCUCUCCUCCUGUAUCAAGUUUGACCGCUACACCGGCUACAACUCCACCGACCAGCUCGAUGCGGUAGCUCAUGACCUUGCCAUAAACCGUGAUCUCUACGCAAGUGUCAUCUUCAAGCUUCCCAAUGACGACAACUCAUCCAGGAAGCGUCAGGCCAGGUCUUCCUCCCCCACAUCCCCCCUGCCUCCCAAAGUCAGCUACACUAUCCGCAUGCACAUGGACAACGUCAUGCGUACUGACAGAGUCCGGGACCCCUAUUUUGUGAGGAAGACAUACAUCUCGGGUAGUCAGACGAUGCGCUACAACCGGGGCUUUGUCUACCUGCAGGAGAACAUUGACCGAGCCAUCAUUGAGACCCAAACCGGACAGAAGGUCCCAGAGACGGCUGUCCAGCUGCAGCCCUUCCCUUAUCCCUGCUUCCCCCGGGAUGAGUACCUGGAGGCCAUCUCUUUUGUCUUCCCAAUCAUGCUGAUGUUGGCCUGGGUGCUGUUCGUGGCUGACUUUGUGAAGAAACUGGUGCAUGAGAGAGAGCUGAGGCUGCAUGAGUACAUGAAAAUGAUGGGAGUCAACCCGGUCAGCCACUUCUUUGCUUGGUUCCUGGAGUGUGCCUCCUACAUGGUGUUUACCAUCUUCAUCCUCACACUGAUUUUGAAGUACGGCAGGAUCUUGCCCAACAGUGAUGGCUUCCUCCUUUUCUUGUACCUCUGCGACUAUGGUUUGAGCAUCCUGGCCUUCAGUUACCUGGUCAGCUCCUUCUUUGACAAGACCUACAUUGCCGGUCUUAGUGGCAGCCUCCUUUAUGUCCUCUGCUUCUUCCCCUUCAUUGUGGUCUUGGCCGUUGAGACACGUCUCACCUUUUCCCAGAAGAGCGCCCUGAGUUUGUUUGCCCCGACUUGUUUUAGUUAUGCCAGUCAAUAUGUCUCUCGAUACGAGUCCCAAGGAGAAGGCAUUAAUUGGAGCAACUCAUACACCUCACCCAUUGCUGAAGACACAGCUUCGUUCGGUUGGCUGUGCUGGCUGAUGCUCAUCGACUCCAUCCUCUAUUUCUUAAUUGGGGCUUAUAUCCGCAUGGUCUUCCCAGGAAAGUACGGUAUCUCUUCCCCAUGGUACUUCCCAUUCCAAGCCUCCUUCUGGGCCAACCUGUGCUGUUGCGUUAAGUCAAACAGUAAGACGAGCAGAGGGCUCCUCUUUACCAACAUCAUGCAGAAAAACCAGCCUGUCUUCUCUGACGACAAGGGAAAAGGUCAGAGCACUCUUUCCUCUCAGGCCGGUGAGGAUUUCUCAGAGCUCCCGGUGGGCGUUGCCCUGCAUGGUCUCAGCAAGAACUAUGGCCAACGACUAGCUAUUGACAAUCUUAAUGUUUCCUUCUACGAGGGCCAUGUCACCUCACUGCUUGGUCCCAAUGGAGCUGGCAAGACCACCACCAUGUCUCUCCUGACUGGCCUUUUCGCCCCAUCUUCGGGCACCAUCGAGGUCUACGGCCGAGACAUGCAGACCAACAUCGAUGACAUUCGCCAAGAGCUAGGGGUGUGCAUGCAAUAUGACGUCCUCUUUGACCACAUGACCACCAAGGAGCACCUGCUGCUGUACGGCCAGAUCAAGGCCCCACACUGGUCACAGAGGGAACUGCAUGAACAAGUCCGCACGAUCCUAGAGGAGACAGGCAUGUACCUUCACAGACACAAGCGGGUGGGCACCCUGUCGGGCGGCAUGAAGCGCAAGCUGUCAAUCUCCAUCGCCUUCAUAGGGGGCUCUCGCUUGGUGGUACUGGAUGAACCCUCCACAGGAGUUGAUCCCUGCUCCAGGCGCAGCAUCUGGGAUAUUGUUAUCCAGCAGAAGAAACAUCGCACCAUCAUCAUGUCCACCCACCACCUGGAUGAAGCUGAAGUACUGAGCGACCGCAUCACCUUCCUAGACAAAGGAGGGUUAAAAUGCUGCGGAUCCCCCUUCUACCUAAAAGAGAAGCUGGGUCAGGGCUACAAACUCACUCUCACCAAGAAGAUACAGAACCUAGAAUCUGAGCGGAUUGACAAUGCUGAUCUGAAGGACUUCAUCCAAGCUCAUGUACCUGAAGCGCAACUGAAGGAGGCUCAGGGGGGUGACUUGAUCUACUCACUGCCCCCCUUCACCUCAUCCAACGCCUCCUCAUUCCGCUCCCUCCUGACCGCACUGGACUCCAACCUUGAUGCCCUUCAGCUUGGGGGCUAUGGCAUCUCUGAUACCAGCCUAGAGGAGGUGUUCCUCCAGUUGACUCACGGAAACAGUGAGGAUGACCCCCUGUCUAUCUCGGAGACGGUUUCUGACACCUUAUCCAUUGACAGUUUCGCUUCAGACUCCAGUGGAAGCAUCUCCAGCUUUGGUGACAGGAUCACGCUUACCAGUACGUCCAUGAUGUCUGGCAUGUCCCUGGCCUGGCAGCAGAUCGCAGCCAUACUGAUCAAGAGGUUCCACCACAGCCGCAGAGACUGGAAGGGCCUGAUCUCCCAGAUCCUACUUCCUGUCCUGUUUAUUGUGUUUGCUAUGGGCCUGGGCUCCAUAAAGAACGACCUGCAGCACUAUCCUGAGUUGGACCUCAGCCCUGCGCUUUACAACUUCGCACCAAGCUACUCUUUCUUCAGCAAUCAAAAUCCCAGCUCCAGCCAGCUGGCGGACACCCUGACGUCAUUCCCUGGAAUCGAUAAUGCCUGCCUUGACAUGUCCGAUAACCCGGUCUGCACAACAAGCUCAAACAACUGGACUUCCAGUGGGAACAGCUCUAAACCAUUUAGUGUCUGUAAAUGCACCGGUCAGGAACAGAUUUGUGACAAGGACAACUUCCAGCCCCCUCAUAAGAAAAUCCCUUCAUCUCAGAUUGUGUAUAACCUGAGUGGAAUCAAUGUGGAGAACUACCUGGUGGCCACGGCAAAUGACUUCAUCAGGAACAGGUAUGGUGGCUUUGAUUUUGGCAUGCCUCUCCCUUCUGACUUACAAAUGGACCUAACAGCGGUGCCCAAAAACCGUACACUGUCUAAGAUCUGGUUCAACCCUGAGGGCUACCACACAAUGCCAGCAUACUUAAACAGCCUCAACAACUUCAUCCUACGCUCCAAUCUUCCAGCAGACAAGGAUCCAAGUAGAUAUGCCAUUUCAGUUUCCAGUCACCCCUACUUCGGCCGGGUGGAUGAUGAAGAUGUAAUUGUCCAGGGAAUGCUCCAGAUCCUAGUGGCUAUGUGUGUUCUGACUGGUUAUUCAAUCACGCUAGCCAGCUUCGCCAUCUAUGAAGUCAAGGAGCACCACAGCGGCUCCAAGAGGCUCCAGCACAUUGCUGGCAUCAGUGAGCCCCUUUACUGGGCUGUGAACUUCUUUUAUGACAUGGUCAUCUAUCUGAUCCCUGUGACUUUGACUGUCGGCGUGAUCGCAGCCUUCCAGAUUCCAGCAUUCACAGAUCGGCAAAAUUUGGGUGCUGUCGCCCUACUGCUGGUGCUCUUUGGGUUUGCUACCUUCCCCUGGAUGUAUCUGUUAUCAGAUGUCUUCAAGGAUGAAGAGAUGGCCUUCAUCACCUAUGUGUGCAUCAACCUCUUCAUCAGUGUCAACACCAUCUUGACCACCUCCGUUCUGUACUUUAUGGGUCAAAUUUCAAUACGCAAGAUUGAGGUCAGCCAGGACAUCUUUAAGAGGCUGUGCCAUGCCUUCCUCAUCUUCCCCCAGUUCAACUUUGGUAACGGGAUGUUGCAACUGGCCAGGACAAACAUAGAGGUCCAGAUCCUCGGUGGCUACGGCAUUGACGCCUAUCAGAACCCGUUCUCCACAGAAGGCCUGGGCUGGAUGUUCAUCUCCUCCUUCAUCCAAGGCCUGUUCUUCUUCACCCUGCGCCUUCUGCUCAACAGGUUCCUCAUACGCAAAGUCAGGCAUCUGAUUUGUGCCAGAAAGACGGUGCCCAAGGCGGCAUGUGCAGACGAGGACGAGGAUGAGGAUGUGGCGGCUGAGCAACUACGGGUGUCCAGUGGAGCCGCCAGCUCAGAUAUACUGCAGGUCAACCAGCUCACUAAAGUCUAUCAACACUUCAAGAAGAAGGUCCAUGCUGUUAAGAAGCUCUCUGUGGGCAUCCCUGCAGGAGAGUGCUUUGGUCUGCUGGGAGUAAACGGAGCAGGAAAAACUACCACCUUCAAGAUGCUUACUGGAGAUGUUAGCCCCACUGAUGGCACAGCACAGAUCAGAGACUGGAAUGGGCAAUUGGUAGACAUCAUGGAAUGCCGUAACAAGGGAAUUAACAUCGGCUACUGUCCCCAGGUGGAUGCACUGGACAAUCUGCUCACUGGAGAAGAGCACUUGUACUUCUACGCUCGCAUACGAGGCAUCUCAAAGAGGGAAAUAGACGGGGUGGUGAACUACCUACUGAAGAGGCUGGAGCUGAACUACCACAGAAACAUCAUUACUGAUGGUUACAGUUGUGGCACCCGCAGGAAGCUCUCUACUGCGCUGGCUCUCAUCGGGCAUCCGCAAAUCCUACUCCUGGAUGAGCCAAGCUCCGGCAUGGACCCUCGCACCAAGCGCCACCUGUGGAAAAUCAUCUCCGAGGAAGUGAAAGGAAAAUCUGCAGUGGUCCUCACCUCUCACAGCAUGGAGGAGUGUGAGGCACUGUGCAGCCGUCUUGCCAUCAUGGUGAAAGGUCAGUUCCGUUGCCUGGGCUCCCUGCAGCACAUUAAGAACAGGUUUGGCAACGGGUUCACUGUGAAGAUGUACUUGGCCGAGGCCUCCUGCGACACAAAGGCAAUCACUGGCUUCAUGCAGCGCCAAUUUCCCAGCACUUAUCUCAAGGACCACCACUCCUCCAUGGUGGAGUACCACGUACCAAUUGCUCCAGGAGGGGUGGCUGACAUCUUCGACCAGCUGGAAUCCAACAAGAAUGUUCUGCAGAUCAAACACUUCUCUGUGAGCCAGACCACACUGGAUGAGGUCUUCAUCAACUUUGCCAUGGGAAAGAUGGACAUGGAGACCAUACCAGUUCACAGCAAUGACGAAUGUGAUGGCCUGGGCUCCAUUACGGCACAGCAAACGUAGAGCUGACUGCCAUCUUCUCUUUGCCAUUUUGCCAGUGCCCACUGACAAUGAAAUAGUAUCGGUUUAUAGUAAAUCUAUCAUUAAUAUGUACCAGUGUGUGAAAAAUAGGAGUUUAAAGCAUUCAUGUUUUAAAACUACUGAUUAUAUCUUGUAAGUAUAUUGACUGAUCAUAUGAAGAGGGCUUGAUAUUUCUAUCUUUAGUAAUUAAAUUAUUAAUGAAAAGCAGAAGAGAACAUGCACAUCUGCGUACAUGCACAGAUGAAAAAAGUUGAUAAAUUGAAGUAUUGUGUUUAUUGACUGUCUUCCUAUCUAACAUGCACCUGUAUAUUAUUAUUUAUGAAGUAUAAACUUAAUCAUGUAGGCUUUAAAUUUUUCUUUGUGAUUGGGGCACUGUUCACUAUUAGAAUAUUAUACCAUAGUAAAUCAAAAACAUAUAUACAUAUAUAUAUAACAAAUUAGUAUUUUUUUUUAUCUAAGGAACAUGCAAUUAUGCCUACUGGAUGAAACAAAAAGAAGAAAAUAUUCACACUUCCUUAAUGUGCACAAUUUUUCCCUACUCAUUAACAUUUCCUCUAAGGGCAUACCUAACUUUUAGAAUGAGUGUAAUGAAUAUUUAAUGCAUUUAAUUUCCUCCCAAUGGACCAAUUCCAAAUUGUCUUGAAUGUAUAAAGCCUAUUUUUAUUAUUCUAAUAAAGACAUUUAUCAAAUGCAA